UGCCGCAUUCAGAUUAUCAUCCCGGGGUAGCUGUACCUGUGGUGGGAACGUCGUUUUACGGGGGAAAGUUGCUUCCUUUCGCAUCAAGUAGCUCCCUCUGGACGGUCCCCACUCGGGCUUUGUUUCCGUUUCUGUUCUUAGAGAAUUUCAGUAAUAACGUCGGAUUGUGUCUACUAGGAAUUGCAUCUUGGGUAUGUUUGGUCUGGCUCUGUAAGGUUUGAUCGGAGUACCCUGUAAGAUUUAGUUAGAGAGUUUAUGCGAAUGUGUCCAGUUCGGAAGAGGCUGUCGAAUGCUGGAAGAGAGCCACUCUUGUCUUCAGAUAUUUUAACGAAGAGUGCCUCGAGUUGACUGCAUGCCAGUUUAUCAGAUAAGUGGCUUGGUCUGCUUUUCAGAUUCGAUAUGAGUAAAACAUCCGAAGUAAUUGGACAAGGCAUGUUCACCUGGAUAUGUGGUUGAGAUCAUGCAGACGUAGAGCUUACCUGGAGGUUAGAGCACAAUGGUGCAAGAGGAGGGUCCGUGUCUAGCCCUGCAGCCAAGUGAAUUACCUGACAUCGAAGAAUUUGCGUACAAGAAUCCUAAUGGAUCUGCCUUCCCAGGACAUUCAAAACAAAACUCAAAUGUCAUUGUGCAGGUGAAUGGAGUUGCUUCCCAAGUGAGGCCAAAAGGUGCACCACCUUCAAACUGGGAAAAAGUUCUUGAAGGAAUUCGCAUGAUGAGAUCCUCUGAAGAUGCUCCAGUGGACAGCAUGGGAUGUGAGAAAGCUGGAAGUUCUCUUCCUCCUAAGGAAAGGAGGUUCGCUGUCUUGGUUUCAUCACUCCUGUCGAGCCAAACGAAGGAUCAUGUUACACAUGGUGCAGUACAGAGACUCCUUCAAAAUGAUGUGCUUACAGCUGAUGCCAUUGACAAAGCUGAUGAGGAAUCUAUUAGGAGCUUAAUCUAUCCUGUUGGGUUCUACACGAGAAAGGCUAGUAAUUUGAAAAAAAUAGCCACAAUCUGUCUAGCUAAGUAUGAUGGAGACAUUCCAAGCUCACUGGAGGAGCUGCUACAGCUUCCAGGAAUAGGCCCUAAAAUGGCUCACCUGGUUAUGAACAUUGCGUGGGACAAUGUCCACGGUAUAUGUGUAGAUACUCAUGUGCACCGCAUAUGUAAUCGGCUUGGUUGGGUUUCCAGACCAGGCAGAAAGAAGACAUCAACUCCUGAAGAAACUAGAGAGGCAUUGCAGCUUUGGCUGCCAAAGGAAGAAUGGGUCCCUAUUAACCCUCUUUUGGUGGGAUUUGGACAGACAAUAUGCACUCCACUCAGGCCUCGUUGCGAUAAGUGCGGUGUAAAUGAACUUUGCCCAUCUGCUUUUAAGGAGACAAUGCUUAAGAAGAAGUCUUGAGCAUGCGGUUUUGACUUUUUUGUAAUCCUUCUGGGAUUGAUUUGUUGAUUGAUGGUCAUUGCGAUGGCAUUAUCGUUCUGAUUCUGAAAGAGCCAGAGAUUGGUCAAGUUCUAUAGGUCCCUCAAUCUCAAUUCCAUUUUUUUUGUUGUUGUGCAGAGGCUGUUUGUGCAGUAUGGAAAGGUUGUCUGCCUCUGAUACGGGGAACCUAAACAUUGUGUAUUCUGUUUUUGUAUAUUCUUGUAGAUGUUCCUUCUCUGGGUUUCUUAAAAUCUUGUACUACCAAGCGUUUUUA